AAUCCGACGUUCGAGCUAAUCCAACGUUCGAGUUCAUCCAACGUUCGAGUUAAUCAAACGUUCGAGCUAAUCCAACGUUCGAGUCGAGUUUAUCCAACGUUCGAGCUAAUCCAACGUUCGAGUUCAUCCAACGUUCGAGCUAAUCCAACAUAUGUACCCACGGAGAAGCUCAUCUUUGAUAAUAGUUCACCGCCGAAAUUUCCAGUACUAUGUAAGCCAAAAUGACAAACUAGCAAGAAGUAGAAAUUCGCAGAACCAAAAGAAUUUGGGAAAUUGCAUUUUUUUUUUUAUAGUUUUGCAGUAAAGUUUUGCAAUCGUUAUUCCCAGUGCAAUCACUUCCAGUGAUAUAAGAAGCAACCCUUCUUAGACUUUUCAAACUACCAAACUUCUUUGGAUGUGUCGAAUUUGCAUCUUUUUUUGCAGUUUUGCAGUAACGUUUUGAAAUCGUUAUUUCCAGUGCAAUCGUUAUUUCCAAUUAUAUAAGAAGCAACACUUUUUAGAAUUUUCAAAAUAUCUAUCGAAACUUUUUUCGAAACUUUUUUGAAUGUAUGUUUGGAAUAUAUAUUACAUUAUAUCAUCAUGUCACUUCAUCAUGUCACUUCAUCAUGACUCUUUCA